GACCCCAAGGCACCCCAAAGCAGGCGGCAACCGACCGUCCAUCCUUCUUCUGCCUUUCGCAAACGGCCCCUCGUUACCUCAACUCUCCCUUCUACAUACUCCGACGCAUCAGGCACCACCGGUCGACAAACAUCGAGCCAUCUAUAUCUUGACCCUCGCCCAACUCCCCACGACCAGCCCAUCUGCAAACCCACAACCCACUUCCACUUCACCCACCACAUACCCGUCAUCAUGCGAUCCAAGUUCAAGGACGAGCACCCCUUUGAGAAGCGUAAGGCUGAGGCCGAGCGUAUCCGCCAGAAGUAUUCUGACCGUAUUCCCGUUAUCUGCGAGAAGGUCGAGAAGUCUGAUAUCGCUACUAUUGAUAAGAAGAAGUACCUCGUCCCCGCCGACUUGACGGUUGGUCAGUUCGUCUACGUCAUCCGCAAGCGCAUCAAGCUCUCCCCGGAGAAGGCCAUCUUCAUCUUCGUCGAUGAGGUGCUGCCGCCUACCGCAGCUCUCAUGAGCAGCAUUUACGAGGAGCACAAGGACGAGGACGGCUUCCUUUACAUCACCUACUCCGGCGAGAACACCUUUGGCGACUUUGAGAUGGCUUAAGCCCCCGACUUUCUGACGGUCUAGUCACCUCACGGCUUCAGAAUGUUCCCGGCGUUUCGGUCUGCUAUGUAACGGUUCAGCACUUUUGGAAUGGGUUUUCACACGGUUAUCGGUCUCCCCCGACGAAGCAGGGGUUUAUGAAGAUACGCAGUCACGUUAUCGCUUGGAGUCACAGGAUCAGGUGCAGCCUCCUGACCUGGUCACAGAGAAACUCCUGCGAUGCUUGGGUACAAUCCAAGAAUUGAAGGCUAGCGGAGGACUAUGCAUGGAAAUUGGCUUCACGGAUACUAGGUGGAAACGUUUCCUUAGAUCGCAUAUUCAGUCGCCUUCCAUCACCUCUUACUUUCCUCCCCCUAUUUCUCUCCACCUAUAACUGUCGUGUGGGCUAUGGUGACAAUAUUCUUGGCAUUCUGUAUAGCACUUCAUUCGUUAGCGCGCCGUGCCAAUCCUUGACCUGACCGUUCUUCAAAUUUCUUCUGUAUGAAACCAAACCGUUGCGAUGAUGCCACCCAAAGCUCAGUCAGUAUCAGUAUCGUGAGUGCCAGAGUACAGUUCACACGCUGAACAGUCCAUACGCAGAGAGGAAGGAAAAAGUGAAGCGACACAAAACGUGUCGAAGCUAUGCCAUGCGAGAGAGGAGCCCCUGAAUGAGACGGUCAAAGAGCCGCAAAUUUUGACAUGGAGAAAGGCAUGCGGGAUACACGAGCUCUCCGAGACCCCGACAUUGUUUUUUUCUCUUCGGCUCGCCCCGGCUAUUUCAUGCAUUAAACGCAUCUUCUUUUUUCGUGUUGUUGAGCUUGGAUGCUCGGGCGAACAGAUGGCACGUCUGAGGGUGAGAUGACACGAGCGAGACAUCAGAUUGUUGGAGCUGCAUAGGGGGAGGGAAGAAGGCAACGGACAAAAUACAAAGGCUGUGUGUGAUCUGUAUGGGGCUGAGGUACGUCGUAUUGUGUUCACUCCUUUGUUUGUUUGAUAUGUGG